CCAUCUUGUGGUGAUUUUCAGAACUUGACUUGGGGCUGUGCUGUUGUGUGUGUUGAAUCGCAAGUCACCGGUUCAAGUCUUUGUGGAAUAACAAUUUAUUUACCUUUCUAUUGCCCACUUAUAGCGUUUGUAUCGUCCUUUCUUGGACGCUUCUUUAAUCCUUAAGCCUAGACUUCUUCUCACUGCAGCCAUGUCUAUUAUGGAAUAUAAUGGAGGCUGUGUCCUUGCCAUGAGGGGCAAGGACUGUGUUGCUAUUGCAUCUGAUUUACGAUUUGGCGUUCAAGGAAUGACCAUUGCCACUAACUACGAGAAAGUUUUUGAGAUUGGACCUCAGCUCUUUGUGGGUCUGCCUGGUUUGGCAACUGACACAGAAACUGUUCUGCAACGGUUGAAGCUGAGAGUUAAUUUAUAUGAGCUGAAGGAAGGUAGAAAGAUGCAGCCUGCUGUUCUAACGGCUAUGAUUGCUAAUAUGCUGUAUGAGAGGAGGUUUGGUCCCUAUUUUGUUGAGCCCAUAAUUGCUGGAUGGGACACCAAAAAGCAGCAACCUUUCCUGGCCAACAUGGAUCUAAUCGGCUGCAUUACUGUCACUGAUGAAUUUGCCUUGGCUGGUACUUGUGGAGAGCAGAUGUAUGGUAUGAGUGAAGCACUCUGGCAGCCUGACUUGGAGCCAGAAGAACUAUUUGAAAGCAUUUCCCAGGCAAUGAUGAAUGCAUUUGACCGUGAUGCUGUGUCUGGUAUGGGUGCUGUUGUCCACAUCAUUGAGAAGGACAAGGUCACUACCCGAAGAAUAAAGACAAGGAUGGACUGAUUGCCUUUUCAUUUUCUUCUCUGUUUGGGUCAAGGAUUGAUUUUCUCUAAUUAAGUAUAAUAAAUAUAACUUUACAACAUUUUA